AUGUCACUAGAAGAUGAUAGUAUUUCAACCCAGGAACAAGUCAAUGAUAAUCUGAAUAAGCUUAAUUUUGUUUCUGAAGGUAAUACCGAUUUAAAGUCACAACAAAAUAAGGCAGAAGCAACUCAGGCAAAACUUGAUUUGUUGAAAAGUCAUAAAAAUAGGAAAUCUUUGAGAACACAAUUAAGAAAUAAUGCAAUUAAAAGGCAGAAAAAAUAUAAUAACUUAGUGAAGGAAAAGGACAUAUUUAAUAGGAUGAGCACUAGUGAAAUAGAAUAUUAUAAUAAACUAAAAAACGAUAAGGCAUCAAAAGAGAAAGAGUUAGACGAACAGGUAUCAAAAGAAGCAUUAGGUUAUGAAAGAAAGAAAUUAAGACUACUUAACCCUAAGAAAACAGAAGCUAUUCCCAAUACUGAAAGCCCUCUUACAAAAAGACAAAAUAAUUUUGGAAACUUAGGUAUAGUAAAAAAGAAGAAGAAAAUUAAUGUUAGAAUCAAUAUCGCCAAAAAUUCCUCACUAACCGAUAUAAAAAAGGAUGGUUAA